AUGAGCGGGUGCUGCUGCUGGCCGCCGCCGAAAUGGUGCGGCGUGUUCGCUUUCCUGGGCAAUUUCGCCACGCCCAAGAUCGUGCUCAUCAAGGACUGGCGACUGGGCGGACUGCUGUGGGGCCUCAAGAUCCUCAUUGCGAUUUACAUUGUCUUCGAUUUGUUCACGAAACAGGCCUACCUGGAACUGUUGACGCCCACCGGCACCAUCACGCCCCUCAACUCCAACAACAGCGGUGACCCGCUCUUCAUCAAGCUUGGCAAGGAACUGUCGCCAGACACCCACCCAUACUGCUUCGACCAGUCCAGAUACUCUUUCGAAUGGGGUGGUGGAGUUUAUAAGGACUUCGAGUGCAUUUGGGCGACCCCUGCUUCCAUCGCCAGCAAGGGUGAAACUGAGACCUUUUUCACCACGUACAUGACACUGGACAAGACCUUCUUGGUGAAGCCCUUGAGUGAUGGAAGCUGUCCUAGGCCCGGCACGGGGCAGGUGCCAGAGGGCUCCGAGGAACUGGCGCAGACCACCGACGUGUGCGUCUAUGAAAAGCUGGAACACAUCUUCCCUGUGGAGCCAGAGUUUACCUCCAUGAGCUUUCUGCACUCCUACAGCACCUUGUACCUGAAAGGCUCCAAUCCAAAGACUUACAUCCGCAAUCCGAACUAUGAGGACGGUGGAAAGAUAGAGAUCACAAAGGGUAACGCCGUGGACAGAAACCUGACGACUUGGCUGAAAGUUGCUGGCAUCGACCUCGAUGCCACCCUCGACAAGCAGCCCUACAAGGGUGAGCUCAACCCCAUCUUCAAGGGCAACAACAACACGUCCUACCCAAACGUGCGCCUCUCAGGCAUCGUGAUAGACGUCACGCUGAACUACUACCAGCGCAAGCUGGCGCCCGAGCCGUACAAGUCCACCCUGAAGGGCAAGUCGGACAGCGUGGUGUGCAUCAUCGACCUCGAGCCCAAGCUGAGGUGGUCGCUGAAGGGGGCAGACGUGAGGUACAUGAUCACCAAUGCUGAAGGGCCGAUCUUCAUGCACCCCAAUGGCACCACGCAGGGUGCUCCAGGCGAGGUGGUGGCAUCGGAGGUGAACUUCAAGAGGCAGGGGCUUCAGUUCAGGUUCAGCGUGGGAGGUCAGAUCGGCCGUUUCAGCACCCGUGCGCUGGUGACCGCCCUGGUGACCUACUCAGUCAUGCUUUCCAUCGCCCAGACGAUCACCACCUUCACAGCACUGUAUGGCCUCGGCAUCAGCUCCGCCCUCUACAAGGAGUUCAUCCUCGAGACAGUGCUGUGGCGCAAGGAGUAUGCACGCUUCGCUGCGCAGGCGCUGGUGGCGGGCUACGCCUUCAUGCGAUACGACAAGGAUGCGUCGUUCAAGCUUAGCAGGAAGGAGAUCUUCAACCAGCUGAAGAUCUACUUUGGUGGAGACCUCAGUGAAGACAAGGUCGCUGCCAUGGCUGAUUUCUUGAUGCGCCACGGAGAGGACGACGAGGAUGAUGAAGAAAACACCAAGUACAGCACCAUCAAUGUGUUCGAGUGGAUCGAGAUCUUCACCGAGGGGAAGGUGUCUGUCAAGUCCUUGGAGCGCCUCAUCGACCAGGAGUACAAGGAUCCCAAAGUGCGGGAGGGCCUCGUCAGGCUGGCUAUGCAGCCCUCGAAGAUGGCAGCUCCACUGGAAUCUGCUUCCGCCACCACGCCGCUGCUAGCAGGUGGAUCUGCCGGAGAUGACUAUGGUGCUGGCGGAGGUGGCUAUGGUGCUGGUGGAGGUGGCUAUGGUGCUGGUGGCACAGACGAGUCGAAGGGCGACGUCUCCUCGUAUCCCGUCACUUAG